AUGGAUGAAAUAAAUAAAGAAUUAAUAGAAAAGAAUAAAAAUCAAUGGAUAUCAUCAAAUAAAAUUGAAUCAGAAGGAUUAGAAUGGCUAUAUAAUGAUCCAACUAUACAAAAUAAUAAUCAACUUGAAUUAUAUUUACUUGGUAAGAGUAUACCAGGUAGUAGAGAAGAAUUAAAGAAGUUAGAUGAGAAAUCAAUAGGUUCAUUAUUAAAUACAGAAGAAACAAAUUUGUAUGAACAAACAUUAAAUAAAUUCAGAGAAGAUCCUUUAUAUAUUAUUAAAAAACUUGAAACACAACAACAACAAAUUAUUAAUAAAUAUACCAAUCUCAAUCAAUAUAUACACAAUACUAGUACUAAGGGAGAGGGAGCAAGCACCGUUAGGGAGAAAAAUAAUAGUACCAAAAUUGCUACUACGGGAAAGGGAGCUAAUUUUACAGCCAUGGAGUGUACCCCUGGAAAGGGAGCUAAUUUUACAGCCAUGGAGAGUAGAGACCGGAGUAGAGAGAGGACUAGAGAUAGACGUAGUAGUUCUAGGGAUAAGGAAAGGGAUAGAUACAGAAGUAGACGUAUUCGUUCUAGAGACCGAGAUCGAAGUAGAGACAAGGAUAGACGUAGUCUUUCUAAAGACAGAUAUAGAGACAGGUAUAGACGUAGUCCUUCUAGAGACCGACAUAGAGACAAGGAUAGGACCAGAAACUCAUAUCGCAAGUCUAAAUCCAAUUCACCGGAUCGCAAAUAUAAUAAAUCCAAUUCACCAUAUCGCAAGUCUACUAAUGAAAAUUCACCGGAUCGCAAAUAUGAAGAAAAUUUGAAUAAAGAAAAAUUAAAAGGACCAGAAAAACCAAAGAAAUAUAAUCCAAUGAAAUAUGCAUUUGGUGUCAAUGAUGAUAUUUGUCCACCAAUAGAAAUUUUACAAACUGCCAAAUUAAAACAAUUACAACAAGAAAAAGAACAAUCAAAGGAACAAUUAGAACAAUCAAAAGAACAGUCAGAUGAACAGUCAGUACAACGGGAACACCAGUCAGUACAACGGGAACACCAUUCAGUACAACGGGAACACCAUUCAGUGGAACGUGAACAAAUGUUAAAUGAAGGUAAAUUAUAUAUUAAAGAUAAACUUGAUAAAUUAUCAAAUGUUAAUAUUACUAAUGAUAUUACUAAUAUUACUAAUGUGGAUGAAAAUUUAAAAGAAGAAUAUUUAAUGAAAAUAAAGAGAAAAUUAUUUGAAAAUACAAAUUUAUCAAAUAUUAUCAAACAUAAAAUUCAUAAACAUAAAUAA